UUCUUCUAGUUCCCAUAAUUUAUAGCUUUUUUCAUCAAUGGCUUCCUCUUCAAUAUUCAACACCAUAGCUGUUUUGGCUUUCCUUGUUCUGUUCAUGAGCAAUGCCAAUGCUCAACUUUCAGCUAAUUUUUACUUCAAAUCUUGCCCAAAACUCUUUCCAACGGUGAAAUCCGCCGUGCAAUCUGCUAUAUCGAAGGAGGCCCGAAUUGGUGCUUCUAUCCUCCGUUUGUUCUUCCAUGAUUGCUUCGUUAAUGGAUGUGAUGGGUCACUUCUCCUUGAUGACACAUCGAGCUUCAGAGGAGAGAAAAAUGCAAAUCCCAAUAGAAACUCGGCAAGAGGAUUCGAUGUUGUUGACAAUAUCAAGUCCGCAGUAGAGAAUGUGUGUCCAGGCGUUGUUUCAUGUGCUGAUGUUUUGGCUAUUGCUGCUAGAGACUCUGUUGUUACCCUAGGAGGACCAAAUUGGGAUGUUAAACUUGGAAGAAGGGAUGCUAGGACAGCAAGUUUGUCUGCUGCAAAUAAUGGAAUUCCUCCUCCUACCUCUGACUUAAACCGUCUCAUUUCAAGAUUCAGUAGCCUUGGACUCUCCACUAGAGACUUGGUUGCUUUAUCUGGAUCUCACACAAUUGGGCAAGCAAGAUGCACAAACUUCAGGGCACGCAUAUACAACGAGAGCAAUAUAGAGAGUUCAUUUGCCAAAACAAGGCAAUCAAACUGCCCAAGAAACAGUGGGUCAGGGGACAACAAUUUGGCACCUCUUGAUCUCCAAACACCUACUGCUUUUGACAACAAGUAUUUCAUAAACCUUAUCCAGAAUAAGGGACUCCUUCACUCUGAUCAGCAGCUUUUCAAUGGUGGCUCAACUGAUUCCAUAGUGCGCGGCUACAGCAACAGCCAGAGCAGCUUUGCCUCUGAUUUUGCUGCUGCCAUGAUCAAGAUGGGCGACAUUAGUCCCCUCACUGGAUCCAACGGUGAAAUCAGGAAGAACUGUAGGAGGGUCAAUUAAAAAAAAAAAAAAAAAAAGUUUAUAAUUUCAUGAUUUUGUUUUACAUUUGGGUUGAAAGAAAUAAAAAAGUUUUUUUUUUUUUUUUUUUUUUUGAAGUAUGCUAGUUGGGGUGCAUUUUAGGAAUUAAAGAGGUUCCGUGGCCUUUUAGAAGACAUUUGUCAUCAAAGUGGGCUCCAUUGAAGUUUGCUUUGUAAUUCAGUUGAACUUAAAGUUAUAAAUAUAUGCUUAUUUAGAAAGGCUUGUUCU